UUUCACAUUUCUGUGAUAUAAACCAAUGGCCUGGUGUUAUUCAAAUGUCAGUAAGUUCGUUGUGUCUUUCGUCUUCUGCUUAUAAGACACGCCGGAAUAACAGUUUAUGUUGUGCCUUGUGAAUAUGGACGAAUAAAGAAAUGUUUGCUCAUUCGGAUUUCCAUGUAUAUGUGAAUUAAACAGCAUUGUUGUAAGAUAGAAUGCAGAGAUGAAGAUGUUUUGCCAAUACCGUGCAACUGUGAGCUUGGCUCCAACCUCUGGGCUGAUAGCAAGGAACAGCAAUUUGUUGGACCGAAUUUCUUGUAGUAUUCUAAGGUCAGGUCAUGACCGCGUUGUAGGACUACGUCGAAGCUUUUCGUGUCUUACCACUGAUAUUUUCCAUAAUGCAUGUGUGAAAGGAAACAUUGUAAAAUCUAAGGGAAAUGAGUUUCAUUGGCCAGCCUUCGGAACUGCGGAAUGCAGAAGAAAAAAUAAACCUUUAUUAUGUUCCUUUGAUUCAAAGUAUGGAACAGCACAGUUAUUCUCAACAACCACAAUUGCAGGCCAGAAUGAAGCUCAGAAGAAAAAAGAUUUUAAGAUUGGUCCUGGACUUGAAUACUUCAUAGCAAAGAGCUCUGGGACAACACAGAAUGAAAAAGUCUUUUCCAAAAGAGAUUUAGAAAAGCUUUCCCACCCAUACGUUGAUGUGGCAGAUAUCCAGGGCCAUGGGCGUAAAGUUUACUUUGAUGUUUAUGGCUGCCAGAUGAAUGUAAAUGACACAGAAGUUGCUUGGUCUAUCCUCCAAGCCCAUGGCUACCAACGUACAAAUAACAUCAGGGAAGCAGAUGUUGUUUUGGUCAUGACCUGCUCUAUUCGAGAGGGGGCUGAGCAAAAGAUAUGGAACAAGCUUGACUACUUGAGAGGUUUGAAGAACAAACGACUGGCAAAUAAGAAAGCUACGCCUAUGAAAAUUGGGAUUUUAGGAUGCAUGGCUGAGAGACUGAAGAAGAAAUUGGUUGAGAAAGAGAAGAGCAUUGAUGUUGUUGUUGGACCAGACAGCUACCGUGAUCUUCCAAGGCUUCUGGCCAUAGUUGAGAGUGGAGAAACAGCUGUAAAUGUCCUGCUCUCAAUGGAAGAGACUUAUGCAGACAUUGUGCCAGUCAGGCUUUCAGAGAACAGACAGUCUGCCUUUGUGUCUGUUAUGAGGGGCUGUGACAACAUGUGCACGUAUUGUAUCGUGCCUUUUACAAGAGGACGGGAACGAUCUAGACCAGUGGAAUCCAUUGUAGAAGAAGUGCGUCACCUUUCAGGUGAAGGCGUGAAAGAAGUCACCCUGUUAGGACAGAAUGUUAACAGCUAUCGAGACACUUCAGUCAUGCAGCAUGCAGGCUUCUUUGAGGAUGAGAGACAGACAUCCCUAGCCAAAGGCUUCAAAACGGUGUAUAAAACCAAGAAAGGAGGUCUACGAUUUGCAGACCUUCUUGAUAGGGUAUCACAGGUUGACCCUGAUAUGAGAAUUAGGUUUACAUCCCCACAUCCAAAAGAUUUUCCAGAUGAAGUCCUAUACCUGAUUCGAGACAGAAGUAAUAUUUGUAACAGUAUUCACCUCCCAGCACAGUGUGGAAGCACGAGAGUUCUGGAGCUAAUGCGAAGAGGAUACACAAGAGAAGCGUACUGUGAAUUG